GCUGCGGAGCGCAUCCUUGCCGCCGCACCCAUUGAUACUGUGGGCUGGGUGGGAAUCUGGACAGUCCCUGCUUUGUCGCUGAAAGAUAGCAGGCAGCAGCACACUUACACAGAUGUAGCACAGAGACAUAUUUUCUUUCCGAAACAAAGAGUCACUAUUUAUUUGACAUUAUCUGCAGACAUGGGAUUUAUGUGGGACGGUCUUGGUAAUUUGUCGCUGAGCUAGCUGAACGUUCUUAUUUUUAAGACACUAUGGCUAAGCAGUAUGAUGUGCUCUUCCGACUGCUGCUUCUCGGAGAUUCUGGGGUUGGAAAAACAUGUUUAUUAUGCAGAUUUACGGACAACGAAUUUCAUCCUUCUCACAUCUCCACAAUCGGAGUUGACUUCAAAAUGAAGACUCUUGUCAUCGAUGGCAUCAAAGUGCGAAUACAGAUAUGGGAUACUGCAGGCCAGGAGCGAUACCAGACCAUCACCAAACAGUACUAUAGGCGAGCACAGGGAAUCUUCUUGGUCUAUGACAUCACAAGCGAGAGAUCCUUCCAGCACAUUAUGAAGUGGGCAAGUGAUGUGGAUGAGUAUGCACCUGAGAAAGUGCAGAAGAUCCUUGUUGGGAAUAAGUCUGAUGAGGAACAGAAGAGACAAGUGGCCACAGAGCAGGGCAACAAGCUGGCCAAGGCCUAUGGAAUGGACUUCUUUGAGACAAGUGCCUUUACCAAUCAUAACAUUACAGAGUCUUUCACACGAUUGGCUGAGCAGGUGCUGCAGGCGAACAAGAAGGACCUGGACCUUUUGAGGACUUCCCUCACCGAUGAGCUCAACCUCACCGCCCUGGAGGAGGAGGAGGGCAUCUGCGACGGAACCGCUGACUCACAAAAGGCCUGCUGGUGUUAGAGACAGGAAGUUAUCAUCAACCAAUCAAUUAAUCACAGCCCAUCUAACAAACUAUUUAAAAAUCACAUGUCCCUGACACUUAGGCAUCCAUAUGCUGUAUGGUGUGAUGAUUUGGCUCAUAGGGGUCAACCAGUUGAUUUGGUUUGUUUUCAGUUUAAACUAGGUACCGGUAUAUCAAUAGAGUUGCCUUGUCUCUCUAACAAUGGAUGCUUUGAGCUUUGUAUAAGUAUUUUUUCGUGAAUCAUUGAAAACUGCUAAAUACAUGUACAUUGUCUACAUCAUGCAGGAUGUUUUGGAACUCCAGGUUUUGGAACUCCAGGUGUGAAUUAUUUAAAAAAGAAAAAGGAAUGCAAACAUACGUACAAACGUACAAAAAAAAUUAACAUUGUUCAAAGUGUAAGCAUGAAUCGCAAUCUGCAACAUUCCCUUUUUUGAAUGGCCGUAUCUUUUGCCACAUGAGGGUGUAGUCUGCACCAUCAACAUGGGAGCUGAUGGGCAAAUGGUCAAGAUUGUGUACCCUGUUUUGUUGGUUACAAUUGACUGACAUUAGAAGCACCGUGGUUGUCUGUAUCUAUAUCAUGUGACUGACUUUGUUCAUAUCAGUGUCCAAAGAAUAGUAUUGAUUUUUUAUUUCUUCAUCGUGGUGACUUGAUUCUUUCUUGAGAAGAGGAUGAUUUUGCUGUCAUUCUAAGUGGCUGAUCCAAGCUAAGAGGCCAACAGCCAAUGUUUUCACUGCCUGCUACAGCACCCUUUGGUAAGUGUUAACAUAUCCCUUAUCAUUUUUCACAUUUCCGUCAAAACUUCCUUUAUGUUAAUUAUAAUUAACUUCACUUAAUGUUAAUAAGUCAUAGAACUAGCAAUGGGAUUGCAUUGAUAAUUCAAGAAUGGGAAGUGUAGAGGUUUAAGAGAACGGUGACCAUGUGACAAACUGAACGUGUUACUUUAAUAGAGGUGUGAAAUGUGUUGACAUUUGGUAUUGAUGGUCUAAAAUAUUUCCAUCGUGAUUUGGUAGAUUAUCUUGACAUAUUCCAUUAUACACCUGCUGUUUACUUAAAGAUAUGAAGGAAAUUUCAUUCCACAAUUAAUUUUACUUUUCAUGCAAGUUGACAGGACCAGCAAAAUAUUUGCAUGCGUCCACAAAUAAUUCUCAUGCAUUUCUUUUUAUGCAACUUCAAUGAAGUUAACAUUCAAUACAUCAUUAUACAGUUAUCGCAUUUGACCAGAGUUGCCUGUUGGGAACCUAUAUGGACUAAUAGGACUAACUUGGCUUCAUCUAUUGCAACUGAUUCAAUGUUACUAAUCCUACUCAACUGUUUGUGUGCAAGUGAUCAUGGUAUGUUGAAUGAUACACUGGACUAUGCUCUAGAUACAAACUGUAUCUCUGUGUUGUUUGGUGAUUGGGUAUUUCAUCUCUUUUAGACUACCAACAUUGAAUUAGUGGAAAUAUAUUAUGUGCAACAUUGUAAUUAUUUCAGAAAAUGUCAGAUGUUGAAUAAACCCUUGUAGAU